AUGCCAAUCCAUCCAUCGACACCUCCAAAAAAGAACGAACUCUCCACCAUCAGUCCUCGUUUUAGCACACCAGAUCAUUGGAACGAAACAGGUGAAGAGAUUGAAUUCACACCGUGGGAACAGGAGAUAAUUAUACUAAAACCAGGAACUAACAUCCAAUCCGUACUCCCAAAGCAACCUAAAAGACCUAGAGGUCGACCACCCGGCAAAUCAAAGGACUCUUCGAAAGCAAAGACUCCUGCUAGGACUUAUAAAUCUCGUUGCAGAAGCAAGCCCCUUGACGAGUCCAAAGAUCUAGCAAAGACAAACCUCCCUCGAAAACCGAUUGGCAAACGAGUCCUUCUGAGUCCUGAAACUUUGACGUUAACUAGGUUUAAGCCGGUUGGAUACUUGGAUCCGAUUGAGAAGGCUGCUACUAGGUCAAAGAUCACAUUAGAGCCCAAGAAACUCGAGACAAUGAAGAAAUCAGAGAACACCAAGAAGCUCGAGAAUACGAAGAAACUUGUGAUUAAGAAGAAGAAGCCACUACUUCAAAGUGAAAUGCCGCCACAGCGAUCGGUACCGAUUGAAACUGUUCCAGAUAAGCCUGGUAGACAUAAAAAGUGGUUCGAGGAUAUUGAUGAAGAUCUGCUGAGAGGAACCAAAUGGGCUAGACAGCUGAAUCAAAACUCCCUUCAAAGACAGAAUGGAAAUCCCGGAGUUCUCUCCGAGUCCAAGACACGAAAAGCAUACAAUGAGAGCAUUUCUGCGAAGCAAAAGACGGUUACUGUAGCCAGGCCUGUCCCUCCUCCUAAAACUAGCGCUCGAAAGAAACCCGAACAGGCAGCCACAACAGAUCAGGCACUCGAAUGUAUACGACAGCACUCUCCCCAACUCGGUGGCAUGGUAUCUCCUCAGAGCGACCAGCAGCUACAAAACAAAGCCAUCGUAAAGGUGAAAGAAAAGGCAAAACCUCAAUCUUUUGGCUUCGAGAGCUUCCAAUUCGAAGACGUUUCCGAAGGUGAUAUUGAGAGACUCGGAAACCCCGAUGAUAGUGCUCAGGAGGGUGGUUAG